AAAAUAUUAUUAUGAUAGUUUCCAUAACUACGCAGACCACAGGAUUUGGGCUUUCAACAAAAAGGACACAAAAAUUCUGCAUUUUAGUUAUAGCAAAAUUAAGAAAAUGUGAAAGUGUAGUAUGGAAGAAAUAAAGGACGGAGCAAUUCAUCAAACUGCUGUAAAACUAGCUGAAGAAAUAAAGAACUUGUCAAUAUACAAAUCUUUUUAUACUGAUAUACAGAAACUAGUUUCGUCUCCAAAUGUUAACAAAGAAGACUUAAAACAAACCUUGCAGCAGGCUAUGAAAGAAAAAGGUUUAGAUAUAAAGUUAAAAAAUACUGUAUUUCACUGGGUUAGAACACAGAGCAAACAUAACAAAUCAGAUCCGAUUACAUUGUUGACAAAAGCGGGUGCCCAAUGGGAGAAGAGAAUACACAAGUCACUAAAUUCUAUGUGCACAGAUCUAGAGACAUCGCUGGCCAAAAUACGAAGUCAGAGCGAGCUAGAAGAGCUUUUGGAAAAAUGGAACGAACUCAGCACUUAUAACUUGGGUAAAAUCGCUAAAGUUGCCAAAAAUUUAACAAAAUAUAGACCAGUCUACGCCCCAAAAGAUUUUUUAGAAGUUUUACUAACUUUAUCCGGUUAUGUGCCUUACACAAAAGAAGAUGAACCAAAAUGGGAAUUUGCUCAUCUACCUCUACAGACAAAGACAUUGGAGCAAUUACGUAAAAUUUACACCGAGUGGGCAUGCGGGGAACCCCUCCUAGGCGUGAACCCUGGCAUGCCAAGUUCUAUGCCAGGUUUCGUCUCUCUGGAAGCGGAGAGAAUAGCGCUGGGAGAGAGAGUUGCGGCGUUGGGUUACGCUCCCGUCACACAGGAGUUUCUGAAGAAGGGCAGCCCGCAGUGUUUGAGAGCUAAGCUGUGGACUCAAGUCCUUGGAGCUGAAACCUCGUCACAGCAUGCAACUUACUUCAACCAACUUAAAAAAUGCGUUUUGGAAGUGGACUUGAUGAUAGACAAGUUGGUCUUCAAAGACGUCCAGCUGACUGCCUCUAAUGACGACCAGUAUUUUGUAUUCGAAGACCUGUUAUAUCAGGUGAUGUUGUGCUUCUCCCGGGACAGCGAAGUGCUGGAUCAACUGGCGGGACACAUCGGCGCGGCCGUCACGGUCCCGGUGCGCGGCCGACACGGCGACGUCACAACUUUCCCACCCAGCGGCGUUAUUCCCUUCCACGGGUUCACUAUGUACGUUUGUGUUUCUCUAGCCACGCCGUUCUGCUACCUGUACUCAGAUCCGGUGCAGCUGUACUGCACCUUCCGCGCCUUCUACGUGAGGUACUGGCAUCACCUGCACUACAUCUCCACGCACCCACAGGGUAUUGUUUCGUUGUGCCUCCUCUACGAGAGGCUAUUGGAAGCCAACGAGCCCCUGCUUUGGAUACAUUUCCGAAAUAUUAACGUUAAUCCAAUCCGUGUGGUGUUCAAAUGGUUGAUGCGAGCUUUCAGCGGCCACUUACCGCCCGAUCAGUUGCUGCUGCUAUGGGACGCUAUACUCGGGUACGAUAGGUUGGAAAUUCUGCCCCUACUAGCGGUAGCCAUCUUGAGUUUCAGAAAGGAAAACAUUUUUCAAGUGAACACACCACAAAACGUGGAUGCCGUGUUAGCUGACCUGUCUACUAUACCAGUCAUACCGCUAUUACAAUUGGCUCUGAUGAAGUCCUAAGUUCUAACCCCCUACAUGACGUUUACAGGGUGUUAGAAAACAAGAGUGAAAGUAAUUAAGGGUGUGUAUGUGUCCCUUAUAUGA